CUCGCCGGGGUUUGGAUUUGUGGCCUUCGCCUUCGAUAAAGCAUCAAAUAAACGCUGCCUUUAAUUAUCAUCAAUUUUUAAUGUCUACGAAUGUGUUAUCUACAACUUCUUAUCUUUGGCUCAGGUGCGCAUGGAAAAUUAAUUCCAAUGAAGAAUAUUUGAUAUAUUGAAGAAAUCGAAAGAUAUUUUCAGUUGCUAAACAGCAAAAAGCUUGUCAACAAUCGGCUUAGGCAUGAAUCCAGACCAAACUUAUUAUGACAAGGAAACUAAAAUCUGGCAUGGGCCAACAAUAGAACCUCGUUACAGUUUAGAUGACUCAAUUGGCUCCGUGGUACUGGAGGCUUUGCGAAAAUAUCCCGAUCAUGUAUCCCAGAUAUGCCAUCCAACGGGAAAUCAAUUUUCGAAUCGCCAAAUGGCUGAAAUGUCAUGCCGAGUUGCAGUUCAUUUCGGUAGACUAAAGCUGCAACAAACCGAGGUGGUUGGUAUUUGUGCGGCAAACAGUGACUAUGUAGCACCCAUAUUCUUUGGAGCCAUGUUUUCUGGCCUUUGCUUGAGUACCACAGACCCCAGUACCAAUGUCAAAGGUCUGAAACACAUCUAUUCUGUGACCAAACCCAGAGUAAUGUUUUGUGAUGGUGAUAUUUAUGAAAAGGUACAACAAGCUUUGAAGGAGUGUGGCCUUGCAGAGACUGUCAUCUAUACGGUACGCAAUCACAUUGAAGGUGUUCCAAAUGUCAUGGAGUUUUUGGAUGAAAAGAAUGCCGUCGAAGAUUUCAGAGUACCCCCUCUCAAACAUGGCGGACGACAGGAUGCCUUCUAUCUUUGCACAUCAGGAUCGACAAAUCUACCCAAAGCUGUACGUUUAUCUCAUUAUGCCAUUCUAAAUCGAACUACUAGUAACGAGCAAUUCAAGGGACAAAAAAUGUUGAUAUUCAGUAGCCUCUAUUGGUUUUUGGGCAUUGUGUCGUUGAUCCAAUGCGCAGUGAAUUCUUCGAUUCGUUGUGUAUCGGAAAAUCCAUUUACCCCCAGCGAUUUCUAUGAUAUUGUGAAGCAGCAUAGAAUAUCCAUUGUGGCCGCUUCUCCGUCUCACAUUCCACUAUGUUUGGCCUGUCCAGAAACCCUGGCCGCCAGUGACUUAUCCAGCAUCAGAAUUAUGAUUGUCACUGGGAAAUCUCUCCCCUAUACACUGGUUGAGAAGUUCAAGAAAUAUGCCGAGAACUGCCUCUUCCCCAUUUUCUAUGGCAUGACAGAGCUGUGUGGCGGCGUUACACAUGGCCUGGUGGAUCCCAGCAAUACGGUGGGUUACCUGGGACCCAAUACAGAAAUUAAGAUUUUAAACGAUCGUGCAGAACAUUUGGGACCAAAUGAAAUCGGUGAAAUUUACAUACGUACCAAAUUUGCCAGUUCAGGAUAUUAUUGUAAUCCAGAGGCAAAUCGUAAGACAUUCCUUGAGGAUGGCUGGGUGCGUAGUGGUGAUAUGGGCUACUUCAACGAUGAAGAACAACUGUUCAUUGUCGAUCGUCGUCAGGACAUUAUGAAAUACAAUAAUUUUCAUUUUUCACCCACCGCUAUUGAGCAGGUCAUUUGUGAAAUAUCCGAUGUGGCAGAGGUGUGUGUGGUCGGUAUACCAGAUUUUAUCUAUGACCGUUUGCCUGCAGCUGCCGUUAUCAGAAGGCGUGGUGCAAAUAUUACCGAAGCUGAGAUUUGUGAAUAUGUGGCAAAUCGCAUGCAACAUUUUGAGAAUUUACAUGGCGGAGUUUAUUUCUUUGAAAGUUUACCCCUAACGGCUUCGGGUAAAGUAAUACGCAAAGAAGUAACGGAAAUGUGUAGCAAAUUGAGGAAGAUGAGUAAUUUGUAAAUAGUGUGAUUCAAGUUUAUUUAAUAAAUGUUAAAA